GGGCUAAGUGUAAUGGCUUGUGCCACAGAAGGGGUCAGGCUGCAUGGCUAACAUUCCCAUGGAUAUUGUGAAUCUAUGAAAUUUAGGGUCUCAUCCUGCAAACACUCACCACACGUGCUUAAUAAUAAACAUUUGACUGGCAUUAACUUCACUUCAUCUCUGUUGUGGGGAGGGGCUAUAAAGUCUCUGUUGGUUUAGUCUUUAUGAGAUGGCCUGAGUCUGUGCUACAAAUAUAUGGAGGAAAAUAAGAUAUUUUAGCUUCAGGAACUUAAGUUUAGACACCAGUAUCCAUGUUCAGGCAGCAUAACUAGAGUCUUCUUUCUUGAAAACACUAGCCACUCAGAUCUGAAUCCCAGUGUUCCAGGCGCAGUAAUGUAACUCAAGCCAGGUACUGAGAGAAAUGAAUGUGGAUUUGGGAACUAACUUGUAUGUGGUGUUUAUGGAAUAGCUUGAUUCAGCAUUUGCCCACAAUGGCAGAGUCUAGCAUGUAUAUCAACAGGGUCAGACUCUGGGCAGAAUGGGGGUGUGCAAAGGGUUAAAGCCCCUUCUGACAUGUCUCCAAUUGCCCUUCUCCCUCUGCCAGGCUGCAGAACAUCCAUGUCUGUCUCCAGCUCAGACCUUAGCCUGCAGAGCCAGGGAGAGGAAAUGACCAUGGUGGAGCCGCUGACCUUUGAGGAGGUGGCUGUGUAUUUCUCUGAGGAGGAAUGGGCUUUUCUGGACCCAGGCCAGAGAGCCCUCUACAGGGAUGUGAUGCAGGAGAAUUAUGAGGCUGGGAGAUGGCUGGGAUUUCCAGUCUCCACACCUCAUAUGAUCUCCUGGGUGGAGCAAGGGGAUGCAUUGUGGAUCCCAGCUCUCCAGGGUUGUGAGAAUGGGAAGAUCAUGACUGACACCCACACAGGUGAUGGGACGUUGAGUGAGAACCACAAGAAGAGUUUUCUGCAGGAAGGACUGGAGCAAAUGGUUCCACGUGGAAUGUUAUUGGGAAGAUCUGAAGGGCAUGUUUCUCAGAGUCCUGAGCAAGGAAAGGCCUGUAAGAGUCAGCGUAGCCCACAAAGACGGCAGGGAAACCAUCCAGGAGAGGGUCAGGGUAAAUCCAGUCACAGAAGCAGGUUGAACAAAAACAAAGAAACUGUGCAACAGAAAAUCCCCCAUCAACAGUCACCCUGCGCUUGCAGUCACUGUGCAACUCUUAUUAAACGUGGAAGAGCCCACACAGGGGAGAAACCCUUUAGCUGCUCUGACUGCGGGAAAACCUUCAGUGAGAGUUCAGGCCUUGUUGCACAUAGGAGAACCCACACAGGGGAGAAACCUUUUAGCUGCUCUGACUGUGGGAAGAGCUUCAGUCAGAAGUCACACCUUGUUAGACAUGGGAGAACCCACACAGGGGAGAAACCCUUCACCUGCUCUGACUGUGGUAAAAGCUUCAGUCAGAGGUCACAGCUUCCUAGACAUAGGAGAACCCACACAGGGGAGAAACCUUAUACUAGUGGUGGGCAAAAGUCUCUCAAAGGGCAGAAUCCAGCCCGUCUAGGGUUUUGAUCUUGCCUAUAAGGGAGUACUAGGCCCCACCCUCUAGCAGACAUGAUGCAAGGGAAGGAGCUCAAUCCUGCUCCUCUUCCCACUGUGCAGCCAUUGGAGAAGAGGCAGUGCUGGGGCUGCAGCUUCACCACAUGACCUGGGGCUGGUCCCGGAGGCUGGAGGCACUGCUGCUACUGCACCUCUGGCCUCCAAGGCCGGCUCAUGGCCACAGAGUCUUCUGUUUCUGGGGUCAUGUAGCUAUUGCAGGGGUGCCUCUGGGGCUGGUUCUGGGCUGCAUGGAUGUGGCAGAGGCAACUCUGGCAUGGACCAUGUGGCUGCAGCAGCGAUGCCUCUGGCUUCCAGAGCUGACCCACCACUGCACGACUGUGGCAGUGUUUAUGAGGGUUAGCCAGCAGCCUGGGGAUUAAGGAGUUAACUACACCUAGCCAGGUGGAGUGACCAGUAGGAAUGUAGGUAGGACUUUCAA